CAAUACCAAAGAUAUCUUUGAAUGAUUCAUAUAACAUCAUUUCACAUUUGAAAGAGCGAUCAAGCGAUUUGAUAGUCAGAAUGGCCUCUUCUUCUUCUGUUAAUUAUGAAGUGUUCUUGAGCUUUUGUGGCCAAGAUGUUCGCUUCAAUUUUGCCGACCACCUCUACAAUGCCUUGGUUGACGCUGGAAUUAAAACAUUCAGGGACGAAGAAGAACUCCCCAAGGGAAACCAGAUUGGCCCGGAACUACUCACUGCAAUCAAGGAGUCAAGAAUCUCAAUUCCCAUCUUAUCAGAGAAUUAUGCAUCGAGAAAAUGGUGUCUCAAUGAGCUCACCGAGAUAUCUGAAUGCAGAAGAACGAGGGGUCAGCUCGUGUUGCCCAUUUUCUACAAAGUGGAACCAACGGAUGUGAGGAACCAGAGAAGGAAGUAUGAGGAAGCCUUUGAGGAACACCUGCAGAAGGGCUUCCACGAGACAGACGUGCAAAAUUGGAAGAAGGCUCUGAAAGAGGUCGGAGAAUUGAAAGGAUGGCAUGUCGAGGGGGAUAUGUAUGAAGGGAAGUUAAUAAAAGAAGUUGUUACUAGAGUUCUAAGUGAAUUGAACAAGAGACGCUCCAACAUUUCUAACAACAACCUAGUUGGAAUCCAAUCUCACAUAGAAGAAAUGUUGAAGUUAUUAGAUAUUGAAUCUGACGACAGAACAAUUGUGGGCAUCCAUGGCCUUGGUGGCAUUGGAAAGACAACAAUCGCUAGGGCUGUCUAUAAUGAAGUCUUUAAUCAUUUUGAAGGUUGUUGUAGCUUUAUUCCAAAUGUUCGAGAAAGUGCUCAUCAAUAUAAAGGACUCGUUCAUUUGCAAAAACAACUUGUCUCUAAUAUCCUGAAAAAAGAAAAUGAAGUUUUUGAUAGUGAGGAGGACGGAAUUGAUGUGAUCGAGCAAAGAUUUCGUGCAAAAAAGGUUCUUAUUGUUCUUGAUGAUGUGGAUCGAGAUGAUCAAGUAAAGUCUUUAGUUGGAGACCUAGAAUGGUUUGGUGUUGGAAGUAAGAUAAUUAUCACAAGUAGAGAUGAGCAAAUGUCAUGUGUUCAAGAAGCAACUAAGAUUUAUAAGCCCAAAGUAAUGGAUUCAGGUGAAUCUCUUCAACUUUUUAGCCGUCAUGCGUUUAAAAAGAGCCAACCUCCACAAGAUCAUUUGGAUCUCUCAAAAGCUAUAGUAAAAACUACUGGAGGACUUCCCUUGGCUCUUCAAGUCAUAGGUUCAUCUUUAUUCAAAAAGAAAAAAUUAGUAUGGGAAGGCAUGUUAACAAAGUUGCAAAAAAUUCCCAAUGAUGAUGUUAUGAAAAGGUUAAAAAUAAGUUAUGAUGGAUUGGAAGAUGCGGAGCAACAAAUGUUUCUUGAUACUGCUUGUUUUUUCAUCGGAAAGGAAAAAGAUAUUGCAUGCCACAUAUGGGAAGGAUGUAAUUUCUUUCCCAAAGUAGGACUUGAUGUUCUUUGUGCGAAGUCUUUGGUAACAAUUAGUGAAUAUGGUACGUUAGGGAUGCAUGAUGUGCUCCGGGAUCUUGGAAGGGAAAUUGUUCGUCAAGAGAACAAAGAUGAUCCAGGAAAGCGUUCACGAUUAUGGUUUCAAGAGGAAGUCUUGGUUGUAAUCAAUUCAGAGAAGGGAACAAGUAAUGUUAAAGGACUCAUUAUUGACUUCAGACAUAUAUCAAUGAGCCAAUGUUUGAUGACUAAAGGAUUUUCUGCAAUGACAGGCCUUAGAUUACUUCAAGUCGAUUAUGCACUAACUUCUGAGAACUUCACCAAUUCUUUUUCAGAACUGAGAUGGCUUAGUUGGAAAGGAUGCCCUGGUCAAUAUGAACUAACAAAUUUUUGUCCACAAAAACUGGUUGUUCUUGAUCUAUCACAUAGUAAAAUAACCAAUAAUUGGAUGGGCUGGAACUGCAUCAAGAAGGCAACAAAUCUAAAAGUUCUAAAUCUCUCGUUUUGUCGUCAACUAUCUAGUACUCCUGACUUUUCAGCAAAUCAACUCUUGGAGGUAUUGAUUCUUAAUAGCUGUAUAAAUUUGGAGGAGAUUGAUCCAUCCAUUUGUUGUCUCACAAAGUUGGUCAUAUUAGAUAUGGGUGGUUGUAUGACAGUAAAGGGUCUCCCAAGUGAAAUUUCACAGUUGACUUCUCUCCAAAAACUCAAUUUAAAGACAUGGAAAAGUCUUGUGGAGCUGCCAGAGAAAUUGGAUGGCAUGAUAUCCUUGACAGAACUUGAUUUAAGUCAUUGCAAUAGUCUAUUGAAUCUCCCAAGUGAAAUUUGUCAGUUGACUUCUCUUAAAAGACUCAAUUUAGGUGGAUGCUCAAGUUUAAGUUUCACCAGCCUUGAUUUUAGUAGCUGCAGCACUUCAAGUUUGACCGAGCUUAAUGUUAGAGGGUGCACCUCAAUUCUAUACAUCUCAGGUCUUCCCUCAAGUUUGAUUGAACUAGAUGCUGGCUUUUGUCGGUCAAUGGAAAAAUUAUCAAGUACAUCAGGAGGCUUGAUUAAUUUAAAGAGAUUAUGUCUUUAUAACUGCAGUUACCUAGAAGAAAUUGAAGGUGUUGAUGAGAAAUUGGACUCCCUGGAGGACUUGGACAUUGGAUUUUGCUAUUUAUUAAAAAAAUUACCAAAAUUGGUAGGGUCUAAAACUCUAACGUCUUUAAGCUUCAGUCAGAACCACAGCAUAUCCGAUUUUGAAGGUGAGGGUAUGUACUCUUUGGAGAAGUUGCUUAUAUGGAACUGCAAAGAAUUAAGAAAAAUACCAUAUCUGCGAGAUUCGAAAAGGCUGAAGAUACUAGAAAUUUGUGAUUGUCCGGAGUUAUCUGAGAUUGAGGGCCUUGAGAAUUAUGAAUCUUUACAAAGAUUAUCAAUUGUUAUGGCCACAUCAUUAAAAAAAUUACCGGAGGAUAUCUCAACCGGCCUGAAAAACCUGAGCUAUCUUAGGAUCAGUGGGUGCUUCUCGAUGGAAAGAUUACCUGAUCUUUCAAACUUCAAAGAGUUGAGGGAAUUAUUUAUUGGAUUUUGCGGAAAUUGGAAAGAUUGCAACAGAGGUCGACAUUAUGAUGAGAUCGAGGAUUGGGAGAGCUUCACCGAAAUUCCAGGCCUCGAUAAAUUGGAGUCGUUGCGAGAAUUGGGAAUAGCAAGAUGCAUAAGCAUUCAUAGGUUACCGGAACUGUCAAACUUAAACAAUUUGACUUCUCUAUACAUUAGCGAUUGUGAGAAUCUAACGGGGGAGAUUCAUGGUAUUGACAUAUUGGAAAACUUAUGGAAUUUUGUUAUUAGUGGCUGCGAGUCCUUGAAGAGAUUAUCGGAUCUAUCAAACUUAAAAAAUUUGAGGAAUCUAACGAUUGAAGGCUGCAAGAAUUUGACCGAGAUUCAUGGUUUUGAUAGAUUGAAAUUCUUAGAGAGAUUGGGUAUUACAGGGUGUGAGUCCUUGGAGAGAUUACCGGAUCUAUCAAACUUGAAAAACUUGACGGUGCUAUCAACAAAUGGCUGCAAGAAGCUAACUAAGAUUCAAGCUACUGAAGCUAGUAAUGGGUUGGAAUUUGUAAGAUACUUUGAUGUUAGGUGGUAUAUUAAUGCUAGAAAUGGGUUGGAAUUUUUAAGAGCCUUGGAUGUAAGGGAGUGUAUAUCCUUGGAGAGAUUACCGGAUCUGUCAAACUUUAAAUACUUGAUGACGCUAUUGGCAUAUGACUGCAAGAAGUUAAUUGAGAUUCAAGCUCGUAACGGGUUGGAAUCUUUAAGAACCUUGUGUGUUAGUGGGUGUAUAUCCUUGGAGAGAUUACCGGAUCUGACAAACUCUAACUACUUGACGAUGCUAUCGGCAAAUGGCUGCAAGAAGCUAACUGAGAUUCAAGCUCGUAACGAGUUGAAUUCUUUGCGAGACUUGGAUGUUAGUGGCUGUGAGUCCUUGGAGAGAUUGCCGGAUAUGUCAAACUUUAAAAGAUUGUGGGUGCUAUCAGCAAAUGGCUGCAAGAAGCUCACUGAGAUUCAAGCUAGUAUGGGGUUGGAAUCAUUGAGAAAGUUGGAUGUUAGGGGGUGCACAGCCUUGGAAAAAUUACCAGAUCUGAUGAAGUUGAAGAAAUCAGGGAAUGAACUAAUAUUGCUGGAGUAGGGCAAUUGAUGAGUGAUGGUGGGUGCACAAAAUUACAACCAAGUUUGUCAAACCUUCCAACACGCACAGUAUGAUAUCGUUUUAUUCAAGGUCCAAUCUUCUCUCAAGAGGAGCUUCAAUAUUUUCUGUAGAGAGAGAAAGAUUUCUCUGCAACAACUUGAUGAUAGAGAGAGAAUAUAUAUCCUCCUCUACCAAUAUCUCGCAGGCAGAGUGUGCCAGAUCUUAAAAACCAAGGAUAUCUUUGUCUAUCUAUAGUAUGUCUGGUGGGUGAGAUGUCUCUUUACUCUGCUUGUCAGCAUAGGGUUUUCAUUGCUUUAUCAUGGAAAUGGUAAAUGGAUGGGGGAAAGAUUGUCCAAUGACAUGAAGAGGAGAAGCAAUCAAUGGACUAAGAAUGCAGCCAGAGCACCCCCUGCUAUGAACAAAUACAUCUGCUUUGAAAUUAACCAUCAAGACAGAAGCAGCCAAAAGUACCAGUGCUGUAUACAAGGUGACAUGUCUGUAGCUGUUGGCUGUUCGUUAUUCCUUCACAGUUGGCCAUGGCAAUGGGCAAGGUGGCUGGUUGAACAUGAGAAGUUGUCCUUAGGAUUGACAGAUGGAGUUUUGCAAGGCUUGCUUAGAGCCUCAGCUGAAGUGUUGGGCAGUAGAUCUUUUUGGGUGUUCUUGUAUGGCUGUUUUGACUACUGAGGAAGCCAUGGUUGUGAAGAUGAACAAAUUGGGCUGGGAAGAUUUUCAAGAGCACAUGAGCAGGCUUGGGAGAUUGAUAAAAACUUUGGCUCUGGUCCUUCGACAGUGCAGGUAAUGGGAAAACACUUGCCAAGUGCUAUAUGAUGGUUUGAUCCCAAGCUACUUCUGUUGGUGGUUCUUAUCAGUCAUACACUCAUGCUCAUCUGUAUCCCACCACCAUGGCAGAGAGUUGUUGCUGUAUAUCACUUGUUUUGCUCAAUGUGUCCUCUUCCAUCCUCCUCAUCUUCUUUCUUUUCAGUUUCAAGUCAUUCAUAAUCCUCUUUAAGAGCUACUUCUCUACAGAGCAGUAAUUCUACACUCCAUAGCAGAAUAACAUGAAGAAGAGAAGCAGUCAAUGGAGUAAGAAUGCAGCCAGAGUUUUCCCGCUCUGAACAAAGACAUCACUCCUCAAGCUUCCUAUGAUAAAAUAUGCCUACUUCUCCUUUGAAAUUAACUGUCAAGACAGAAGCUGGCAAAAGUACCAUUGUUGUACGCAGAGAGAGUGACAUGUCUAUAGCUGUUGGUUGUUUGUUAUUCCUUCACCGUUGGCCAUGGAAAUUGGUGAGGUAUCUUGGCAGAUGAGUGUAGUUACUUAAUCCUUAUGUACCUUGGUAAUAAUGAUCAUGAAAUUAAACGACAAAUAUUGUCUUAGGUUUUUUAGGUCUCAAGUCUUAAUGGAUUAAUUCAACGAUCUUCAUAGAUCUUUAGCAUGGUAA